AUGACCCGACGCCACCAGGCCGACACGGGAACCGCGGACUACACGCAGUACAGACAGGAAUUCCCAGAGAUUCCAUUCGACAGGUACAAGAUAACGCAGCACGUAGGGAAGGGCGCGUUCUCAAAAGUUUUCUUGGCCUAUACACCAGAGUUCCAAAGGCGUGCCAUCAAGCGCAUCAGAUUGACAGCCAAACCGCACCAGCUCCUCAAGGAAAUAGAGUUUCUCCGUCGAUUGGAGGGGAAGUCGCAUAUCGUGCAAAUCAAAGAAAUUCGCUUCUCUGACGCCACGCUGCAAACAACCGUCAUCACUUCCUACUCAGACACGGAUGAUUUCAAGUCUGUUAUACUGGACUUCACCCCAAGAGAAAUCCAGGCCUAUAUGCGCUCCAUUUUGACUGCCCUCUCUCAUCUAGAGAAAUUGAAAAUAAUACAUCGUGAUAUAAAGCCUGGCAAUUUCCUCUUUGAGCGAAAAACAGGAAAAGGGCUGCUUAUUGAUUUUGGCCUCGCCCAAACGCUACGCGAGGUCCGAGAGUUUCCGCUUCUCCGAGGCCAGUCGAAGUCGCGCAAGGGUGUCAUACACAUUAACUUAGACCGUCUUAUGCGUCAAAGCAAUCAGUAUCUGACCGACCUGACAGCCCAGGGAGAGGAGACAUACUACACUGCGCGCAUGUCUCUCAAAGAAGGACAGACAGUACCGGCUGCACAUGUCACAGGCUCGAAUGCUGCCGCAUCAACGAAUGUUGUUCGACCCAAUGACGACACGGCUGAGCGACUUCCCAUAGCGGGCUACAUAAACAAGGAUCAUUCAACCUUCCGCCCGCUUCCACCAUCGGCACAUAGUGGAACUCACGGGUACAGAGCGCCUGAGAUCCUUGUUCCAGUUCGAAACCAGGAUUGUAAGAUUGAUAGCUGGAGUGUCGGUGUUAUUCUUAUACAGAUCCUGACGGGGAAAACGUCGCUUUUCCGUGGCAAUCCGACUGUGGAUAUUUAUGAGAUCCUGGCUAUUCGCUCGAUAAUUGGAACAGACAGGUUCAUUCAGGGCAUGUCCAGGCUCAAGGCUGACUUUAGUCUCACAGCUGGUGCUCCGAUGCCGCAAGCUAUCGCCCUGGAAGAGCUUGCUGAAUGGUAUAAUCCGGAUCUCCUGGCAGUACUGCCUGCUUCCUGCUUUGAUCUGUGCAGGAAGCUGCUUGAGUUUGAUCCUGAAAGCCGACUAAGUGCAACAGAGGCUCUUUCACACCCCUUCCUCGCCAUGGACGAAAACCUACUUCCUAAUUACCGCUUCCAGGAUGGCGCCCACAGCAAGAGCCUUUUAAGUUUUACAGGAUAUGCCAAUGCAACGAACAGUCAGGACAGCAUGAACCGUGAGGAGGAGACUCUGCAGGCUCUUCGUAAACGCGGAAGUGAGAUCGCUGAGCGACUCGGUCUUUGCCGCGUGACUUCCGAGACCUUAGCCGAUGAAUAUUCCACCAUGUCGCCACAGUCUAUGAUCCCUCUACCCCGUGACUUGAGAAAGCAAGCUAUGAAAUCAGUCCAAAAGUUUGCCUUGGAUAAGACAGUACAGGGGCCGUCUGGGAUUAUUGUAGAACGCUCAAAGACAAGCGACUACAGCUUCCCGAGCAAUUCUUCGGUGCAAGACCUUUCCUCGUGCGGGGGCGUGACAUUGAGCCGUCCGCGUCUUGCCGCAGCCCCUGGUAGCCAUGCAAGACACUGUGCAAUUGAUGCAGCGAUGCGGCAGAAGAUAGCAUAUUACAAGGAGAAGGGCAUCAGGGUUACCCUGGAUGAUCUACAUCGAGAGGUGCUUGACCAACAAUGGGAGAUAGCAAACAAGGACAAGGAGACCUUCGAACGCGCUGUGCGUGCUACAGCAGUGCGACGAAGACUGGAUCCGUGGGUUCAGCCUCUUAAAGCCUUAGAUAAAGAGCUCAGGAUCUGCCAGAAGGAUGUGCGGAAGGCUGCUGAAGAAUAUCGACGAACCGUUCUCUCUCUUGGUAUUAUAGAUCUGGAAACCAAGACCGCCGAUGAAGGCCACCGCCACAAAGUUUCUGCCGGACUGGACGGCGACAAGGACAAGCUAGAUGCAAAGAACGAGCAAGGACGCACUCAACUUUCUGGUGCAACUGGAAUUACUGUUACUGGGCAGGGGGCAGGAGCUUUCACAAACUAUCACAGUUAUUUGUCGGCUCUUAUUCCGUCCCCGAAUGCUCUUAAGACAGCUGUGAAUAUAAAGCUCGCAUCAGAUGCCAAGAUUCAAGUUGCGAAGACUAUGGACGUAAAAACAGUGGAGUCUUUCUAUUAUCCGAAGUACUAUGCCAUCAAUAAGAUUAGAACGCAUCGCCUGCUUAAUUUUAUCGUCAAGUCUGAGCUGGCGCAGACUGCAGCCCUUGACACUGGGAAUAGUGUUGGAGUUGCAGGCGUGACCACCUGCACAAACCAUCUGACUAAGACCCUUGCAACUGUGAUAGCUACGAAAGCAUGGGAAGUUGUUCACUCCAAUUCUUCCAAGAAUAUGAUCACUAAGGAGAAGUCCCGGUCAGUAUACGACUUGACAAUGAAGGCUGCCAAGAUCGCCAGUGUUUCUCAUCGCCUUGCACUAUCUGGCCCUGAUGCAUGGGAAGCAAAGGGAGAGUCCUUCUUCUUGUCACCUAAUUCUCGAUUAGGGAUGAUAGAGAUCAAAGCUGAUGAGUGCAAGUUUCGUGUCCACGACUUUAACACAAAGAUCCUUCAACAUCAGCAUCACGCUUCCCAGUGCCAAUUUAUCAUUCAGGAGCGCACAGGUUUCCUCAGUAAGAUAGCACAGCUUGAAGAGUCCAUAAGGAGCAAAAUGAACGCAAAUACAGAACAGAUUAAGAUUUUGCAAGGUACUCUGAAGUCGUCUGCCAAUAAGAACGACACAAUUCAGGAGGAGAUAAACUAUCUUACGGCUCAGAAAGAACAGCAGGAGGCGGCCAUCUCCAAGUUUGUAGCGGUCGUUGCUGACAAUAAAACGCUCAUUGCUCAACAUAAGGAAAGCUACGCAAAUCUUACUUCCGAACUUUCAGUAAUGAUUGCAAACAAAAAUGAAUGGGUGAAGGAAUACAAGCAAAUAUAUGAGCGGGAUAUAAAGGAUGCUGACUACUCCUUUGGGGAGGAACAUGAGCACCUUCUUGAGAACUUUUCAGAUUGCUGGAGCGAGACCAUUUCUGUGAGUGACGAGGGAGUUGAGGCACGACCUGCAUUCAAGCCAUUUGGAGUGUAUAAUCCUUCGGAGCUCCAAGAACCAUACUUCACCUCCAUGGACGAGAUGAAGACAGCUCUAAGGCAGCAGGAUGCCGCAAUGGACCGACGAAAGAGCAGAAGAGAGCAGCGUCGUCGGCUAGAGUGUCUGAUAGCAAAAAGAAGAGACCCUAUUUUAGAGCAGCUUCGUCAAAUGAACGACGAUAUCCAGACUGCUCGCGCAGAACUUCUGGACUCAAUGAUCACUGGAGAAGGAAUUUCUCCCGCGCCAACAGACAAAACGGACAAGACUAAGCACAAUUCUUUGAUGCCAAAGCAGGCGCUGUCUGUGUCGCCGUCCAUGCUCGCACAAGCUGUUGCAAUAAAGUCUCUUGCUGCCAAAUACGCUACUGUCAUGGGCUUCUUCACUAAACACACACUUAGUGGGGCAUACUGUGUUACCUCCACUUUUGAGCCUGGGCGUACUCGACAACCUGCAGAGGUAGGAUUGCUAAGUUUCCGAAACGGAAACAUCACUGGAGAGAUGCACCAGACUGAUGGAGGCGCUAAGCGUGCAUCGUCUACCGGUCCUAAUUCACGCGGCAAUACAACUGUCGCCGGAAUGUCUACAAAUGCAUCCAUUAAUCCCAAUGCAAAUAGAGGGUCUGCAGGAGGUUUAUCCAAUGAUAAUAAGCAGCUUCAUGCUCUUAAACCUUAUGCUCGGAAUGCCCUUGCUUACAUUUCACAACAACUGGAGGUUGAGCGAAAGGCGCAUGCCUUACUUACGCUGAUAUCAUCUCCCUAUGGACGUUAUCUAAUGCCUUUCCAUAAAAUACUAUCGGACGGGGCACCGUUCCCCAGUGGAGCUCGGUCGAACUCCUUUUAUAUUAUGUGUUCAAAGAGUGAUCUAUUUAUUCCAGCAGAGCUCCAGGAAGCCAUCUUAACGCUGCAGAAUCUUUCGGAACGCUAUUUCCGCACAUCUAUUGGUCGUAAAGACCUUUAUCUAAUUGCAGCAGCUUGUCAGACUGAACUGGAUCUGCGAGCCCAAAAUGCGACCAACACUAAUAAUCCCAAUAAUGCCAAUAAUGAACUUCAGCACCUUGGAUUGAGCAGGAGGCCUCCAAACUUGGAUUACAUGCUUCUUUUGCAAGGGAAGCUAAACAACUUGAUCCCUUAUUUUGAGGACACCCGCUCUACGUCUGCCAUCUCCGGUCUUAAUAAAAGCGCCACGCACCGAUCUCUUGCUGACCCCGGCAGGACGUCGCAGCGCUACCCCCAGACCUGCAAGUACAUCCAGACCAUCCUGGAGCAGGUGAUGCGCCGCUUUGUGGCGAUGCCCGGGGUCCUUUCGGGCCUUUAUGAGGAGUGCAUUGAGGGCAUCAGCAACAUCAAGGGCCGCAUCCUGGAGGCCGUCGUCAUAGAGCUGAUCAAUAUCCUGCAGACCGGGUCCACUGAAAAUGUCGAUAGGGUUCGCGGCGGCUGCUCCUUCUACGAAAAUAACGUGAUGCUCCUGCGCUGCCUCCGCCUGCUCCAGACCGCCAUAAACACGCUGGGUGCCGGGACAGUCUUUGAGAUACUGCGCGGCCUUGUCUACCCCGUGACUCUUUUGCGCGGCAGCGGCUUCAUCAAUGGGGUGGAGAAGACUCAGAAGCCGGUGGCUGAGUCUGACAGCCCAGACAAGAAGCCUCGGAGGUUCAACUACCUGACAGAAGAGGAUGUCAAGAGCGUCGCCAAGAUGGUGUCCAAGCCAGAGAACAUUACCGGGAGCUUCGACGCAUCGCUGCUGCAGAAGAUAGACGAUAGCAAUGCGCGCAGGCGUCUGCUUCUACAGACACAGUACGGCGGCCGCCAUCACCUCAAUGCAAUAAGACAGCGCAGGCGUCGUGCCGAGAUAUACUUCUAA